UUCUUGUUUAAAAACGGUUACGGUGAGGGGUGCAGAAGUGGCGGCUCUGUGCGCGUAAGAGUUCCGGCGCGUAAAUGUAAUGUUCACGCGUUCGCUAUGAGAGACAGAGCGAGUGUCCAAAAAUCGGGUCGCGCGCGCAUUCCGGCGCGUGGGGCGUUCGCUUGUUUUUUUUUUUUUUUUUUUUGCGCUAUGCUGCGUAUGCAUAGUUAAUUCCUUGUUGCAUUGAAGUGUUUUCACACCCGCGCUGCAUGUUUGCACCUCGCAGGAAACUCGCAUUUUCAAAACUUCUUGUUACAUUUGUUGCAUAACAAUUCACAAAAUAGUUCAGUUAUUCAUCAUGCGAUGCAAAUUGCGCUUCUCUUUGCAUGUACAUCGGUAGAAAUUGUACAUUAUUGCUUAUUAUUCAUGGAUCAAAUGAGCUCGAUACCCUUCUGUGAUUUAUCCAGUGACCAGCCCACGGUGAUUCAUUCAUUGCACGCGCUUUUUUUUGCCAUGUGGCCAUGUGACAGAUGUUCUGGAUGAUCAAUGUAAAGUACAUGCUCUGUUCUUGUUUCAGGGGUUUUAUUAGUAUGGCUUGCGCAGAAAACGAGUAUUACUACAACGGUGAAUGCCGAGUGUGCCCUCAGUGCGCACCUGGACACCAGCUACUGGAGGAGUGCAGUUACGGUAGCGGAGGUGAUGCCCGCUGCGGGCCUUGCCAUCCCAGGUCUUACAAAGAGGACUGGGGCCACCAUAACUGCAGGCUCUGCACAUCAUGCAGUCAACUCAACAGACAGCAGACAUCACCAUGCACUGCCAGGAAAAACACCGUCUGCGGGGAGUGUUUGCCAGGAUUUUACAGCAAGAUGCGGAUUGACGGCACGGCGGAUUUGGAGUGCAUGCCCUGUGGGUUGUCGUCAGCCAGUGAAUCUCAGUGUACCCGACAUGAAGCAGUUGAUGCAGGGAAAGAUGUGAACCCAGAAACCCUGCUGCACAAUGCUGCUGUUCCCACUGCCAUUUGUGGAGCGGUUACCGUGACAAUUGUUUUGUCGCUACUCGUGUUUGUCUACUUUCGACGGGCUUCCCUGAAGAAGGUGUUCAAAGGAUGCUCAGGAUCACGUCAUCGCGCUGUGGCUGUCACAGCCAUCAGGAACGGCGACACCUUGACCCAGAACCUGGAGAAGGAGGUGCAGGUCUCAGCGCCGUUUGAAGUCCCCUCAGUGGAGGAUUUCCCAGCAGCCCUCAAGUCCUGCCUGCAGACGUGUGGUUUUUCAGAGGUCACUGUGGCGACCCACCAGGUUCAGAGCCGCUGCUCCAGCAGCUCCUCGGAAAUGCAGCCCCUGAUGAGGAACUCCAGCUGCAGCCACUGCUCCUCCGAGUCCUACAACAUGCCAGAGGAUGGUAGCCACACCGAGGAACCCCCACCUCCCCCUCAGCUGGACGGCUACUGCGCCUCCGACAAGCAGGGGGAGCACCGGCACGCCCCGGUCGAAUGCACAGAGACGGACUUUCAAAAUUCCCUCAAUUCGGAUGGCAGCACCAUAAGCGUGAAGGUGGGAGCACCGAUACCCACAGUGGACAGCUCUGCAGAAAACAUGCCAUCUGUCCCCCCGGCGCAGCCUGCCGAGAGAGCCUCGGACAGCCAUCAGCAGCCCUGCAGCAGCUGCAGUACCACGGUGCCUGAUAUCCUGAUGCUCACGAGAAAGAGCUGUGCACAAAUGCAAGGUGUUCACCUUGGAAAGCUGCCCCAGGCCCUAGUUGACACUCUGGCCCUGAAGCUUGACUCUUCUUUCCCGGCGGUGAAGAACUACCAGCAGGUGGCACUGGAUCUGGGCAUUCCUCCAGAGGUGGUGAGGAGCCUGGAGGGCUUCAACCACGUCUUCCAUUACCUCUCAUCCUGCACACUUCGCACGGUACCUGACCUCAUCAACACCUUCUACCGCCUGCAGAGGUUUGACACCCUGCUGCUGCUCUGUGAAUACGCAGCACAGAGCCGCCAUCUGAACACGUCAGACCGCCAACGCUGAUGAGAACACCACACCCUGCAGGGUCCCAGCGUGAUGUGCGGGUUGCAUCCAUGCAGGCUCACCUCAGCCAGAGAAUGACAGCUUGGAGCUGCAGACACAGCGUGAAUUAACCUGAAAGGCCUCAGAGGGGCAUCUUACUGUACAUUUGAUCUUUGUGUGCAUUUAUAAAAAACUUGAGCUCUUGGUCUCCCUACAUGACCAUGGGUGCAAGUAGACAGCAUUGGGUUGGAGCUCUUCUGCAAAAGAGAAAGAUGCAACUUUCCCACAGGACAUCUCUCCAGAUCUGCCCUGGAAUGGGCAGCGGGACCACAUCUGGAAACUAGGAGUUCAGUGAAGUUCGACGAGGGAUUAUUGACCUUCACACUCGUUCCCAGCAACUGUGAGAUGCUGGCGGCGUAUAGUUGAGUACAUAUAAACGGUAAACAGUGCGCCGGGAAGUGUUUGCAGAUGACAUUUUACACGCCAGCUGCAUAUCAGAUACAAUCACACACUUUGAAUACAGGUUCUUCGGGCUUAAAUUUUUUUGUACAGUCCAUAUAGUGUUCAAUGUUUUUAUUUCAAAAGUGAAUUCACUGUCGUUGCUGUUUUAAAUGCUUUAUUAGGAGUUGGGUAGCAGUUCUUAUUUUUUGGUAAGAGGAUGUUAUUUUUUAUACUUUAAUUUUUCAGUUUGUUUUAUUGUUAAUUUUACCACCCAAUGUCUGCUUCAUUUAUCAGUGUGAAAUUUUAGUAAAUAUGUCUUCUGUGAAUUUGUUCAUUAUAAGAGUAUUUGUAGCAGUGUCCCACUUUUGCAAAUUUUUAAAAGAAAGAUAAAUACAGUGCAAUAUAAUGCAACAUGUGAUGUAGACAGGGUACAUCCAUCCCUGCAUGAACCCUGUAUGCUAAAUUAUAUUGCUCCAGAAGUAUGAAUGAAAAUGAUUCAGAAAUUCAGAUAUCUGCUUUCACUUGUGUGUUAUAUUGCAUUUUUUAUCACUACUUGAUAACUACUAGUGGAAUUGCUGUAAAAAUAUGGCAAUGCCAUGCUAAGCUACAUUAUGACAUGUAAUACUGGAAACUGAAAACAGAAUACUAUUAUUUUCAGUGGUCAUUUCUCCAGUAGUGUGUGCAGUCUCCUUUGCCUCCAGGUCACAUCCAAAGUGUCCCCUGCAGUUUAAUGAUGACAAAUUAACAUUGUUUCAAUGGUUAUAAUAAAAAGAGAAAAAUAAGCAUUAUUUACUUGAACAAUGGUGCUAGCUUUUACCCACCCUCAUGAGUAUUAUUUAGGACUGAAAAUGGGGUCGUGAAGGAGCUAAGGAAGGUCAAAUACACUGGUUUUUCGUUUUUUAACUUCUAUGUCUUUUUUUUGUCAUAAUAUCUGAUCUUGUACCCAGACAUUUUUUUUCUGAUUGACGCUGUAGUAGAAACCCUUUUCACUGAUAUACAGUAUUUGGGUUUGAAAUUUUACAUCAUUAGUAGGUGCUCCCAGAGGGCUCCAUGUAUCAUUUAAAAGUGCACACCUUUAUUGAUCAGUGCACUUGCAAUAAUGUACUGAUGGAAAUUUCAUGAAUUCAUUUUUAAUUAAAAACUGGUCAUUUGCUUGCCACCCGUUACCAACGCAAUGUGUCACUCCUGCCUUGUAUACACUGUAUGUUAACAUGCAAGAAAACAAUAAAAAGAUGAUGAAUGCAUUCUACAGGUUCAUUAGCAGAUUGAUAUCCUCUUUGCACAAUUUAAUCAGUUUGUUUCAUAUAAUACAUGGCACAAACAAUUAGGCUUAUAACUGCAAACAUUUUGUUUAAGUUGCAUUGCUUGUAACUCACAUGUGGGGAAUGGUUUCUCUCCUCCCUGUCUGGCAUGCGGCCUCCCCGAGGCUCACAAACUAGAGCUGGGAAAUGGCACAAGGUGAGGCAGUCGUGGUGCAGCUGCAGUUUGGCAUUUCCACAAAUGUGCACAGCUUGAGAAAAGGUUAAGUGUGUCCUCUUUUGAAAGCUUCCAGUUUUUAUUCUCCUUUUAUGGAUUUCACCUUUAAAACUUCUUUGUAUGCGUUCGUUCAUACACACACACACACACACACACACACACACACACACAUCUGUGGGUAGACCAAACUCUCCUGAAGCUGUAACUUGUCUCUCCUUCUAUUAAUUGUAACACACAUUCAAAAACUGCCUUUUUUGAGUCAUAUUUGGCAAGUAUACACAUGUGGAAGGAGGAGUUCCAGCUGCACCUCCUCUACAGAUGGCCACACUUGGCCCAACAAAGUAAUGUGCUAAUGAGGGGGUGACUCAGGGGUGGCCAAAGACCCCCCCAGUCAAAGGCUCAACUUAAAUAAGCUCAGAAAAGAAAUAUGUGGGUGGAGAUUGUUGCAUUAAAGUUGUCUUUUACAAUGUUUGUCUGCAUAAGAGUUCUUUUUGGUCUUGAUUUGACAGUAUGAGUAGCAUAAUUUGUCCAAAUUAAAAUCUAAA